GGCGACUUCCGGUAAGGGAAGAGAGUUACAGCCUAGGAGGGGCUGCCGAGAGGUGGAGGAGGAAGAGGGAAGCUCCGGGCGGCGGCUGCAGUAGGUGCUGGCUGUAGGUUGUCGGGGGCAGCGGCGGCUCUCUCGCAGGCGGACGAUGGACAGCCAGGGCAGGAAGGUGGUGGUGUGCGACAACGGCACCGGGUUUGUGAAGUGUGGAUAUGCAGGCUCUAACUUUCCAGAACACAUCUUCCCAGCUUUGGUUGGAAGACCUAUUAUCAGAUCAACCACCAAAGUGGGAAACAUUGAAAUCAAGGAUCUUAUGGUUGGUGAUGAGGCAAGUGAAUUACGCUCUAUGUUAGAAGUUAACUACCCUAUGGAAAAUGGCAUAGUUCGAAAUUGGGAUGACAUGAAACACCUGUGGGACUAUACAUUUGGACCAGAGAAACUUAACAUAGAUACCAGAAAUUGUAAAAUCUUACUCACAGAACCUCCUAUGAACCCAACCAAAAACAGAGAGAAGAUUGUAGAGGUAAUGUUUGAAACUUACCAGUUUUCUGGUGUGUAUGUAGCCAUCCAAGCUGUUCUGACUUUGUAUGCUCAAGGCUUAUUGACUGGAGUAGUGGUGGACUCUGGAGAUGGUGUAACUCACAUUUGCCCAGUUUAUGAAGGCUUUUCUCUCCCUCACCUUACCAGAAGACUGGAUAUUGCUGGGAGGGAUAUUACCAGAUAUCUUAUCAAGCUGCUUCUGUUGCGAGGAUACGCCUUCAACCAUUCUGCUGAUUUUGAAACAGUUCGAAUGAUUAAAGAAAAAUUGUGUUAUGUGGGGUAUAAUAUUGAGCAAGAGCAGAAACUGGCCUUAGAAACCACAGUAUUAGUUGAAUCUUACACACUCCCAGAUGGCCGCAUUAUCAAAGUUGGUGGAGAGAGAUUUGAAGCACCAGAAGCUUUAUUUCAGCCUCACUUGAUCAAUGUUGAAGGAGUGGGUGUUGCUGAAUUGCUUUUCAACACAAUCCAGGCAGCUGACAUUGAUACCAGAUCUGAAUUCUAUAAGCACAUUGUGCUUUCUGGAGGGUCUACAAUGUACCCUGGACUACCAUCACGGUUGGAACGAGAACUAAAACAGCUUUACUUAGAACGAGUUUUAAAGGGAGAUGUGGAAAAGCUUUCUAAAUUUAAGAUCCGCAUCGAAGACCCACCUCGCCGAAAGCACAUGGUAUUCCUGGGUGGUGCCGUUCUAGCAGACAUCAUGAAAGACAAAGACAACUUCUGGAUGACCCGACAGGAGUACCAAGAAAAGGGUGUCCGUGUGCUGGAGAAACUCGGUGUGACUGUUCGAUAAACUCCAAAGCUUGUUCCCAUCACACCCCUAACGCUUUCUUUUUUCCUUUAUUGCCAAUCUUUGAACUCAUUAAAUUCCAGGACAUGGAAGAGGCCCCUCUUUAACCUUUAACUGAAAAGGUCAGGUUUUAUUCUGGAGUCUUGGGGAAGCUUUGUUAAAUUUUUGUUAAUGUGGCUAAAUCUGACUGUUUAAUGCAACCACUUCCUUACAAACAGAAGGAGAGGGCAAAGGGUCCUGUCUGCUGCUUUGUCUCUGCUGAGUAGGCAUUUAGAUCAUUCCUGUAGGCUUUCUAGUUUCACUUGACUGCUCUAAUGCUGCUAGUUUCAGCGCACUAGGUGGUAUGCCUUUAUUAGCAUAAGAAACUUUAACAGGAGCUUUUACACGUUAUUGGGGUGGGGGGUAAGGGAUGGGUGGGCAGCUGCUGAACCCUUAGGGCAUUUCAUCUAUAUUGUGCCGCUUUCAACACAGAUUUAAGUACCUUACAGCUCUGGUAUUAACUUUUUAGGGAAAUACUGGGCUCAGGACUAAAUUGUAUUGGGUGAGUGUUUGUGUGUAGGGGCCAGGGGAGUUGAUCUUUUGAUUUUGAUAUUUUGAUUUUUGAGCUCUUCUGCUCUGGGUACAAAAGAUGAACUUUAUUUACAGUAUUUUGAUUUGGCAGGUUUUCUUCUACUUUUGAUCUGCCUGGAACUGUUUUCAUAUGAUAGAAAAAAAUAAGUAUAGUAUCCUAUGUGGCGUAGGGAUUUUUUUUUUUUUAAUCAACCAUGUUAUCUGGGACUAGACUCCCUAAAAUCUAUCAAUAGAAAAGUAACAUCUUUAAAAAUGCUAUUGGACAUUCAAAUUACAGAUAUAAAAAGUGCUUAAGAGCUGGUAUUUUCUAAGAGUUUCUGUUUAUACCAGAAGCAUUAAGGUAAACCCAGUGCCAAGUAUCAUUCUUGCAAAUUAUUGUUUUAGAUAACUGACCAGUGCUUAUGUAAUAAAAACAAGUAAAAAAUAAAUAAUUACCGGCAGUAGAUUAUAAUUGUUGGGUUAAAAAUAACAUUGAAAUAUGGGACUUGUUGCCAGUUGGGUAAUUUUCAUUCAUUUUUUUUGUUUUGAUUUGAACCUUAAGGAGAGUAAAAUUUGACUAUUUAAAAUGUUGGCCAAAAAAAAAUCAAGAUUUAAAUUUGUAUCUGUAUUGAAAAAUUAAUCAUAUCAACAUAAUCGCAGCCAUUUUAUGCUUGAAAGAAGAAUUAUUGGUAAUUUGUAAAUGUUAGCAGACUUUCCUUCCUAAUUCAGAAAAUCAUAUUUAUGAAUUCUGUCAGAAUUACUUGGUAUCUGAAAAAAAUACUAAGGCCUGAAUGCUUUCUAAAUUCGAAAAACACAGUAAUAAAUUAUAUCAUGCUAAGUACAAAAUGCAGAUUCUGAGGGGAAAAGUUUGUUGUUUUGUUUUUUUUCCCCCAAAAAAUUAUUUACUAAUAAUGAAAAGAAAACUUUGCUUUUGAAAGGAGAAGCAUAUUUUUCUGGGUAACUGAAAUCGGAGAAAUUAUUGGCUUUAAAGUCUCUUUUGUGAGAAAACUUAAAAAUCAGUUUAUAUGAAAUAAGCAGCAAAAGGAGGCUAGUUUUCAUUAUGCAGCUUCUGUUAUUAAGUAUUUUUUCUCUGUUUACCUCAAUUUGAACAAAUAAAAGAAGUUUGCCUGCAUGCUGGCCAUGCUUCAGUACAUGUGAAUAGCCUAUGAAUAACAUCUACUAGAUUUUAGGGACCUGGAUGUCUGAGUACUUUGGGAUUCUAAAGUGUUCCUAAAUCAUGUUCUUAUAAAUCCCCCCAGCCUUUUGAGUACUGGACUUUUGUAAAGGACACAAAUGUAGGACCAGUACCUACUAGCUGUUCAUUUCAGGUAAAUGGAUUGACUCUUGGCCUUUGGUCAUGAUUUUAUAAUAUGGGGGCAGAAAACAACAAAGAAUGGGAUAGGCUCUUAAAUAAAACAAUGAAAGAGCACUUAUCAUCUGUCCUUUGUAGGAUUUGGUUUUAAUUUCAUAUUCUGCUAGCAAACAUGACAUUAAAAUGGUGUAUUAAUAUAUAUAGUAUAAUUUUAAAAUUCCAUUUUAUAAUUUUCCUAUUCCAAGGUGAAAUGAUGCAUUUAGAAAUUUUGGGGGUGGGUGAAGUGUUGUGUUUAAUUGAAUUUGUCUAGUAUGAGUUUUUCAAAUUAAGAUUUUUUCUGUUAUGAAAGAGAUCUGAUAUUUAGCUCUUAAACCAUUGUCAUUUAAAUUUCUAAAAAUGAUUAAAAUUAUUUUCUUUUAAAAUUAGGAUUGCUAAUACUUUGAUCUUUGAGAAGGGCUUCUUAGAAAUAGGUCCUAUGGUUAAACUUUUUUCUUCAAAACUUGGUUUUGGAUGUUAACUUUUACACGGUUCUGAGCACUGUUAACAAUAUCAGUAAAGUAUUUUGAGAAACAUUGGAAAGUUAAAAAUUCUGAAUUUAACAUGAAUAUACUUCUUUUUGAUUCAGAAAAUAAAAUCAGGUUUUUCAAAGUAAA